UGCCAUUUCACAGCGGACACACACUCACACACACGCACUCACAUACACACACCAGAGCCUGUUGUUGGACGAAGCUCUCUCUCCCGCUGCAGGAGCUCCGUUUUUCCCUCUCCUGGGUGCAGAAGUUUACUCGUGAGGAUGAGUGUCGCGGUGGCGGAGGGCUGCUUUCUGUCCGCCCUGCAGCCCAACUUCUCCUGCACCACUUACAUGGUUCCCUCGGACGGCCCGUGUCCGGACCCGGUGGCUAAAGCCCGGAGGGUCCAGGAGCAGGUCCGGAUGAGACUGGCCGAGAAGAGGUCCUCCUCCCUGACCAGACUGGACGACUCAACAGAUUACAACUUUCCUGAGACAAAGAGCUUAGCACACACCCUUGGUUUCAGCUCCAGAUCCAUGAUACACACACCCAGCCGCAUCAUGGCCGUUCCCACUGGGCCCCUUCCCUCCUCUCGCUCUGCUUUGGAAACGGGUUCCAGGGUGAGCCACAAAGGAAGCAGCAUGGUACAGAGCAACUUCCAGACUGUGCAGGCACACACCAGAAGCAGGCGGUCCAAGUCACUGUGUCAGGCUGACCAGGAGAGGUUACCUCUCAUUGUGGUGGCUCCUCCAGAGCCUGUCUCUUUCCCAGUCUCUGUGGAUCCCCCAUACUCCCUCCGGCGCAGCCUCAGUGGGAUAUUAGCUCAGGAAAGAGCCCAGUGGCCAGAGGAGCUGCCGCAUCAGUCCUCCUACAAAGGCCCCUCCCACCGCACCAUCAGCCGCAUCACUAACCGAGGGCAGCACUACCAGCAGCAGGGCUAUGGCUUGGAGAGGGAGUGCUGGUCGGGGACUGGCAGGGGGUUCCCCAUGGUAGGGGAUGGCUGGGGAACACAGUGGCAGCAGCAUGUGUCCCGGACCAACCAUUCGAUGGGUACAGGGCAGUACCAAGCCCAACUGAAACGCACUUCCUCGGUCCGCAGUGUAAGAAGCGUUGGGAAAGGAGUGGAUGUCUUGGAUGGAGCAUCAAUACACAGCAACGACCCCCUGGCAGAGAUGCAGGGUCUGGACAUGGCUACAGCUGUCAGAUAUCUGUCUGAAUCAGACACGGCCCUGCAAGUUCUGGGAGCUGCAUACAUACAACACCAGUGUUACCAUAGCAACGAGGCAAAAAAACAGGUGCGUGCGCUGUACGGCAUUCCGGCUCUGGUUCAGCUUUUCACCAGUGACAACCAGGAAGUGCAGCGUUACGCCACUGGCGCCACGCGGAACCUCAUCUACGAGAACUCUGACAACAAGGUGGCACUGAUAGAUGCCGGCGGUUUGACGCAUCUCGUCAGCAUCCUUCGCGAACCUGACGAGGAGCUUCGAAAGAUCAUCACAGGCGUCCUGUGGAAUCUGUCCUCCAGAGACAACCUGAAGGAGAAGCUGUCUAAAGAAGCUUUACCAGAGCUGACGGACACAGUUCUGAUUCCACUGUGCAACAGUCUUCCACUGAGUCCAUCUGAGAGAGACAUCUUCUACAACACCACCGGCUGCCUCAGGAACUUGAGCUCAGUGAAUGAGAGGACAAGACAGAAGAUGAGAGACAUGCGAGGUCUGGUGGACUCUCUGGUGUCCUACAUCACACAAGAGGACAUGACUGAGGACAAGGGUUUGGAGAAUUCAUUGUGUGUGAUGAGGAAUCUGUCGUACCAGCUGUACACCGAGCUUCCUUCUUCAGUGCGACACCGUCUGGAGGGCCCAUCCAGAGCUUCUGCCUCCAGGGAAAUUGACACCAUGGGCUGCUUUACACUGUAUAACAAAAAAAACUCAAAGCGUAACCAGAACCUGACCAUACUGUCGGAGGUGUCCCGACAACCUAAAGGGGCUGAGUGGCUGUGGCACCCCAAGGUGGUGGAGUUGUACAAGGUUGUUCUACAAAACAGCGACAUUAGCUCCACCACCCGUGAGGCUGCCAUUGGAGCUCUGCAAAACAUCACCACAGGAGAGGCCUGGUGGUCAUCAGUGCUGAGUGGUGUGGUGCUGGAGCAGGAGAGGAUGCUGCCCAUCCUGCUGGAUCUGUUAGACACCAACAAUGAGAUGGAGCUGAGACCUUUGACUGGCCUCCUGAGAAAUCUGGCCAGACACUCUGCCAACAAAGACCAAAUGGCUAAGAACAUGGUGAAUGCUCUUGUGUCCAAGCUGCCAUGUGAUGGUUCACAGAAACAUCCGUCCAGCGAGGUGGUGUCCAAUAUUUGUGGAGCACUCAAUCACCUGGUCACCUGCAGUUCUGUGGCAGCACGAGACAUCUCCUACUUCAACGGCCUGCCCAAACUGGUGGGCAUUAAGACGUUCCAUGAUAACAGCUCUGGGAGUAUAAAAGCUGCCAAAGCAGCCUCCACAGUGCUCUGCAACAUGUUCCAGUACAACAAGCUGCACAAAGACUACAAACAGAAAGGAUUUACCAGAAAGGACUUCACAGAUGUCACCAUCUAGACUGCCACAUGUCACAUGAUUCCUUUCUGAGCUUCUGACCUCUGGAUGACAGCGGCUGAGAGGAAAAGAAGAGGAACAGCUUCAGUGAGGAGUUCAUCGAAUUGUGACUGACAGGAAAAGACACAGGAAAAGAAAAUUGGACUGGAAACAAUGGAAUCAUGUACUUUAGGUUUGCCCUCUUUUAGGUGUUUCACCCCACAAAAUAUGCAUUGUGUGCGCUAGGGUUUGACUGAUGCAUUUUCGACACUGACUCUAUUUGUUUUGGAUUGACGGAGCUGAUUGCUAGCAUAACAGUUUUAAAAACACAUAUAUAAUAAAACAUAUUUUCACCCAGAGGAGAUGCCAGGUGCAAAACAAACCCCCCAAACCAGAAAUUAUAUACAUGGACAUUUAUUUUUGUAUCAUUAAGAGCAAACAUGUAAAAUAGAUCAAAAUGUUCAAAAAGGUUUCUAAGAUUAACGACUGAAUGACAGGUGCUCACAGUAUGAUGGUGAGGGCCAUCGGCUUCUGAUACAACAGCCCAGCUGUUUUGUCAGGGUUUGUCCUGGGUGGGUUUUUUUGCAUAAUAUACUGCCCCCUGCUUGUUUGGAGUAUUAAUUUGACUCCAAAACAAGACUGAGGGAAGAGUUUUUUCUUUUUAAAUCAAUUUAUUUGCAUGUGUAUAAUUAAACACUGCAUCACUAACAUUAACAGAAAAUAUAUUUACACAGAGCAGUAACAGUGUAUGCAGUUUGUUGUAAACAUGUGGAGAUUAGUGUGGAUGUUUCUGAAUAAUGAUCCUGGUCCUGCCCCCUGACUCUGAGAAUGUCCUGGUCAUCAUUUUACUUUGUCCAGGGGUUAAUGACCAAACAUCUGCAGAACUAGUACAUGUCUAUCAAACUUUUCAAAGAGGGCUCAGCAUGUCACUGACUGAAUCAGGAGCUUUUUACAGUGGAGCUCUCCUCAUUAAGCUCUAAGAACACUUGUCAGCUGGGCUGUGAUUUACAAUUACUUUCUUUAAAAGAACAGAAACAAUCAUAACCUGAUGGAAACGGUCGGCUGCUGAGAAACUGACCCUGUGUACAGUGGUUGUACUGUAUGAACUAGUUUUAUGCUGAACUGAAUAUAGAGUUUGGUUUAGCAACACUGAACGUUUGGCUGUGUGAUGCAUUCUCUUGCUGUUGUAAACACUUUGGGAGUCAUUAGGCAAAACGUGAACUUCUUGUGAGUGACAUAAUUUCCACCCCUACAUUUCAGCUGUACUUUGCCCUCAAUAGCUAAUCUUACCGCGCCAACAUGCUAAACUAAGAUAAUCGACAUAAGCAUUUGAUAAAUAUCAGCAUGUUAUCAUUGUCACUGGGAGCCUGUUUGCAUGUUGGUAUUAUCAUUUAGCUCAAAGCACCUAAAUGACCUCACCAUUGGUGUGUGGUGCAUUAUACAGCUAGAUGAGCAGAGCCGGAAAACCUACUACAUUCUCAACUACCCCCAUGCACACCGGUGCUAUCUAUCCACUGCUAUUCAUAUGUCAGAGAGGGUUUAGGGCAGAGGAUGUCGCACCUUGUUAAGACUUAUGAGACAAAUUAUGAUUUGUGAAUAUGGGCUAUACAAGAUUUGAUUGAUUGGUUGACUGAUUCAUUGAAACAUCCCUGUUCUUGUGGACAUUUGCACAUUGUGAAUGUUCACAAUGUGCAAAUGUCCACGAAAUACAGCUUGACAAGCUUCAGCCUUUUGUCACGAGAAACUUCCACCAAAAUGAAUUGUUUGAUGCAAUUCCUGAGGCGAUAGCCUAUUGCGGCCAAAAGAGGGCAGUAAAUACAAGAUGGAUUUAAAAACGUCUUGGAAAAACGCAAAGAUCACCAAACACGAGUGAAUGUUAAAGUGUCAUUAGACUGCUGAUAGUUGCUGAUAGUUGAACUUUUACAUGCAUUCUCUUCCCCUCAGAUCUGGGGCAUCAAGCAUGUCAAGCUGUACUGAGUAGAUGUGUAUAAUAAAGUAGUUUAGCGAGAACAGGGUGGUUUGUGUGAAUAUGCAACAUGUUUCAAUUACCAUCGCUUUUUAAAAUGUAUCUAUUGUCUGUCUGUAAUUUUGUAAUCUAAAUAUGCAGACUUGUUUUCUGGUCAUAUGCUGUUGUUAGUUUGUUGUUGUGCUAAUUUACUGCAUUAAAGAAAGUAACCUUUUAGAGUUUGAAUAUUCCCUACAGGUUUUUUCAAAACAAUGACUUUUAUAGAAAUUUGCUCCAGUGUUUCUGUAGAUGAGAGGAUCAUCCCUGGCCUGUUGAGAGCAGAGGUCAUCUCAGAGCUCACAGUCCAGCCCUCAUGAAGACGGGCUGGUCCAGGGGAGUCUUAUCUCAACAAGCCCUUUGAUGAUUUACGGCUGGCUUUAUUGUCUGUAGCAUUUCCUUUUGGAACAUAAAAUUUGUGCUCAGAAUUGAAA